UCGAGUCACGAAACAAAUACAUACCAUCAUGAAGAUGGAAGAAAGCAUCAAGGACGAGCAAAGCCCGCCGUCGCCAGCGCGCGGCUGCUACGCUGGGGGCGACAGCAGCGACUUGGAGGACCUCGGGGACGACUUGUCGGACGACUCCAAUGGUGAGCUUUCUCCGGGGCUGCACGGUCCCGCUGAAAUGAUCCCGUGCCACGACAACCUGCACGGGGGCGGCCAGUCCCGCAGCAGAGCGUGGGGCCGGCAUUCGAACGGCGACAACGAGAACUCCAGUGACGUGAACCUGCACGAAGGCGACUACGGUAGCAGCGCCGCGUCCGGAGCAGCAGGACUCGUCACCGAAGCCAGCCGAGGUCCGUCGGGGGGACUACGGAAAGGCUUCAGCAACAGCAGGGAACGCUGGCGGCAGCAGAACGUCAGCGGUGCGUUUGCAGAGCUCAGAAGGAUCGUUCCAACGCACCCGCCCGACAAAAAGCUCAGCAAGAACGAAAUUUUGCGUCUAGCCAUCAAGUACAUCAAGCUUCUCAACGACGUCCUUGAGUGGCAGAAGCGGCAGGAUAAUAAUUGUCACAACGGAGUCACGGGCUCCGAUUAUGAUGGCGAUAUCUCAGCUGACUUGGGAAAAAAUAUUCAUUGCCUUGAGAAUCCGCGUCAUGAAUCAGACGCAGCUACCGAUGGGGUAAAUCAGAUUAAAAAACAAAUCAUGACCAACGGCUAUGACUCAAUUGCAACUGUAGAUGCCAAUGGUAAUCAUAAUGCAAGUGUGAAAUUUGUUCAGCGAUGUUCCUCUUCUUCUUCGUCUUGUUCUUCCUUCCGCACAACUCCGUCACCUCCCGAUGCCAGUCCACCCCGGAACGCACACAAUUGUCAGAUGAAAGUUAACGAAACCCACCUAAAUUCUGUCACCAGCACGUCAGCUCCAUCAAAGGAGGUUCGCUGCUCCGUUUCCACGUUCCGACCUUCCUCCUCAGCUUCAAUGUUGCUCAGCGUGGAUAAAUCAGUCUCUCCAGAAAUCUGCAUAGUACCAUCAGAAGCUUCAAAUAGUCAUCAACGACCCGCUGCAAAUAUUAUUGCUCAAACCGCAUCUCUUUUUCGGUCUGGUCGCCGCAUCGCUGCUUCUCCGAGUUUCAUGAAAAUCAUGCACCCAGUGGAUAGAGAAAUAAUUGGGGGAACAGACAUGCGUUCACACCCUGCAUCGAAAACCACGAAAACAAAUAUCAAAGUAAUUUCGUUUGAUUCUUCUGGAAUGUGCGAUAAACAAGAUUAUCCAGAAAUUUCGCACCAAGAGACCACGACAAUUAAAGUGGGUGCAGCGCAUCUUUGUAGCAUUGGGGGAUUAAAUAAGAGCGAGCAGUCAAACUCACUCUGUAACGAACCUCUCUCGAAGCCGUCUCUCAUUUCAUCGUUGGCUGCUCCCCGACCCUCGUUUGUGAUGACAACCUCCGCCCCCCGCGCUUGCGCCGAGCCUGUCCCGCGUUCGCGGACCGAAUCAAUAUCAUGUGCUUCGUCGACUCCCCCCGCCGCACAAAGGGGUACAGAAAAUGGCCGCCAUGCUAAAACUGAGAGUUCAGGAGCUUCCACAGUUCGCCAUCAUCCUUAUUUUGUGUCAGUCAAGUUAGCACCUCAUGAUGGAUCGUUAAAUUACCCAAAGCAGGAUUGAAUGAACGUUGUCACCACUGCAGAAAUAUGGAUUGGCCCGCGGAAUUUUGUGCCACUAGAUACCUUUUAUCUUGUAACGAUAAUAUCUGCACGGAAUUAUUGGAAAUAGUGCAAGCCUGUUAAUUGUGGGAACUUCCAAUUCUACCGUGCACAAUAUAACUUCUAGAUGAAUAGUGAAUCUAUAAUUUAAAAACCCCCUGUUAAGUUUUUUUCGAUCAUCUUCCGCAUUUCAAAACUUUUUCUUGUGACUAGCUCAUUAGUCGUCAUUUAAAGAUACACUUCUGCAUGUUUGCUUUGAUAAUCACCUCGUAUAUACUAAGCCACUUGUAACUAUUUUUGUUAUCGUAACUAUUGUUCGGAGAUGUUGCUACAGAUUUCACGAGAUCGAAUAUCAAAUGAGCUUCCAAUACCUCAUUAUUGGCGUGCAGUUUUUAACACAAAUUCACAACAAAGAAGCAAUUCUUGAGAUCCUCGCUGAAAAAAUAUUGAUUUCGUCAGUAACCGUGCGUACGUAUACUAGCUGUGUGUAAUAGCCUUGCUGUUAUAGUUGCUGGUUUGCGUAAAUUUUCGGUUUUCUGAGUGUUUUUUUUAAGCACCUUGAUUUUUUAUUAUUAUUAUUUUUUAAUUUGUGGAACGUGUAAGCUUUCAAAUGUUCUUCAUAGCUAAUUAUUACGAGAAUAAAAGUUAAGAUAAUCGAUAAGACAUUUGAACCAAAUGUUGGUAAUUUAUUUGCAAAAUAUCAGCCUACAGAUGAGUGGAAUAUAAAAUUAAUAGCGUAUACUUUACACAGGUUCUUGACGCGCUGUCAAAUU